UGGAGCGCCGGCGCGGAACAGCGUCUCCCGAAGGCAACUCGAACAUCUCGACGGAUACGAAGGAUGCGAACAGCAGUUUAGACGCAAUGGAUCCUGACGCCGAAGUGAGCGCGGAGGUGAACGAGGAAUUGGCGCUACAGCAACACCAGACGUCGCCAUCCUAUAGUCUGCUAGGCAAGCGCGAGGCCGACACUGAACUGCACGAAGAGGAGCACGAAGAGGAAGAAGCCGAAGAAGACCCCUCCCGCGUAUUACCCACGGCCGAGGAGGAGCAAGCGCUGGUGCAAUGUGUGGGCAUAGAUCAGUGCUUUGACUCGUGGGACGAUUUCCAUCGCGCCAUGGAGGAGUAUUGUGCAACCACGCACCAGCCAAUGAGACUGAGGACAUCCGACUCAGCAAAAGCAGUAAACUGUCGGGCUGCUAAGAGGAACAGCUUGAAGGAGCCCAUAGACGAGAGUGUCGGGUUUGUGAAAAAGCUCUACUUGUGCACACACGGAGUCAAGACGAAACCGCGUGGAAAGGGAAAGCGACCGAGGCAGCACUACCGCUAUAUGGGAUGCCCCGCUAUGAUUCGUGCUUGCAUCUCGGAACGCAAGACUGGAAAUUUUGAAGAACAGGACAAGGGAAAGUAUGUCGUUCGAGUCGUGGCCCAGAUCAACCGGCACAAUCAUCGUCUGAGUGAGCACUUGUUCAAGUCGUACUCGGAGAGCCGCGUUGUGAUUGACGACGAGCUGAUUGUGCCGAACUCUCAGAGCCGACUGAAGGAGGAGCAGAGUGUAACUGCACCUGCCACUGCCUCGGUUGCGUCUGUCGAACAGCAGAUCACUGCUACGGUACACCCAGACCUGGACGACCCCGUGUUGAAGACUAACCCUCUGUUCCAGACCCAGGGCCUCGACCUCAUGUCUGCUGCGUCUCGCGUCAAGAUUCGAGUGGGCUGGAUCGGAACGGGAAUCAUGGGUGCCAGUAUGUGUGGACAUUUGAUGAACCACGGCUACAACGUCACUGUGUAUAACCGAACGUUGUCAAAGUGCGAUGGAUUACGGGAGAAAGGAGCGAGAGUAGCUGGCUCCCCUGCAGAAGUCGCCCAAAACUCUGAUAUUGUUUUCAUCAUGGUGGGAUAUCCAAGCGACGUAAAGUCAGUUGUACUUGAUCCGGACUCGGGUUUGCUGUCACGAAUGAAAGCCGGGGGAAUCAUCGUGGACAUGACGACCAGUUCGCCUGCGUUGGCCAAGAAAAUCUAUGAUGCGGCCAAGCUUAAAGGUGUUUCCACACUAGAUGCUCCUGUCUCCGGUGGAGAUGUCGGCGCACGUGACGCUACGCUCUCAGUCAUGGUUGGCGGUGACAUGGAGUCAGUCUACGUCACGAUGCCUUUCCUCAGCAUUAUGGGCAAGUCCGUUCGCCACAUGGGACCUGCCGGUGCAGGUCAGCAUACGAAAAUGAUGAACCAGAUUUUGAUCGCCACAAACAUGAUCGGAGUGGUCGAAGGUCUUUUGUACGCGAAGAAGAGCGGUCUAGACAUGGAUGAAGCCAUUCGAGCUGUUAGUGCCGGUGCGGCGGGAUCGUGGUCGAUCAGUAACAUGGGCCCGCGCAUUGUCAAGCGAGACUUCGAUCCUGGUUUCUUCGUAGAGCAUUUCUUGAAGGAUAUGAGCAUCGCUUUGAAGGAAGCAGAGAGGUACGCUGUGAUGAACCUAUCGCUCCCCGGGCUUUCGCUAGCGCACCAGCUGUACAUUGCUGUAAAGGCUCAAGGACAUGGGCGACUGGGAACUCAAGCGUUGAUGCUUGCAUUGGAGCAGCUGAAUGGUAUUUAUCCGGAGAAAGCCAACAACGUGGAAGUGGUGUAA